GAGAAUCGAGAAGCAGCAACCAACUCAUGUGGCGGACAUCAAUCGGAAACCGCCAUUCGCCAAAUAAAACUUGAACACGAAAACAAUGGCCAAUUCAUCCCCAAUGUUCCUCCUAAGAACCUCUUUCUUUCAUGCUUUCACAAUCACCACUACCAAACCCUUCUCUAAUUCCAUCAUUUCCCCUUUCAAACCCCACCAAUUACACAUCAAAUCAACCAAGAUGGAAAGAAGUGAAAUUACAGCGGAAAUAGAAGUGGGUAAGAGCGGAAAGAAGAAGAUUUUUGUAUCAGGAGCCACCGGAAAAACUGGGAAGAGAAUCGUCGAGCAAUUACUUGCAAAGGGUUUUUCCGUGAAGGCUGGUGUGCGUGAUGCCGAGAAGGCUAAAACAAUCUUUCCAAAUCCCAAUCAAGAUCUUCAAAUCGUGAAAGCUGAUGUCACAGAAGGUUCAGAGAAGUUAGCGGAAGCCAUUGGAGAUGAUUCAGAUGCUGUCGUAUGUGCUACUGGUUUUCAGUAUUCAUGGGACUUGUUGGCUCCAUGGAAGGUUGAUUAUUAUGGGACAGUGAACCUAGUGGAAGCAUGUCGGAAGCUCGGUGUGACUAAAUUUGUCCUUGUGAGUUCAAUAUUGGUCAACGGUGCUGCAAUGGGCCAAUUGCUUAAUCCAGCUUAUGUAUUCCUAAAUGCUUUCGGGCUUGUUUUGGUAGCCAAACUUCAAGCUGAGCAAUACAUACGAAAAUCCGGUAUCAAUUACACAAUCAUAAGACCAGGAGGCUUAAAAAAUGACCCGCCAAAUGGCAACGUUGUCAUGGAACCAGAGGAUACGCUGUCGGAAGGAUCGAUAUCUAGAGACCAGGUAGCUGAAGUUGCAGUUGAGGCACUGCUUCAACCGCAAUCUUCUUACAAAGUGGUGGAGAUAGUUGCUCGAACCGAAGCUCCUAAAAAGUCGUUUGAGGAACUUUUCAGUUCCAUUAAAGAGCGAUAAUUUAUUCAUCGUAAUAUAAUAUUGUUUAUAUGUUAUUCUAUACGGUCAUUUGUACCUAACUCAUGAUUCCGUAAAAAUGGGCUUUCAUGUCAUUUCCUAAAAAAGAUUGUUUUUUUUUCUUGUAGACUAUAUAGGACAACUAGUCUUUGUGAUACCUAUAUGAGGUGGUCUGUUAUUAAAACACACAUUAGAUUGGGAC